AGCAGCAGCGCGACGCUUCCGUUUACACGUUGCCAUAGUAACCGUGAGGCCAUACUUUAUACCCCUCCCCCGCCCCCCUUUAUUUUCUCGUUGCCGCGGGGCGUAACAAAACGUGACGCAAUGGCAAAUACGCCAGGUUUAAUGACGAAUUGGGAAAGUCGCCGUGAAAUGGACAAACUAAUUGGAUUCGAUUUUUCAAUUCAAAAUCAAAGUAGGUUUUGAAUUUAUUUCAAUUGAGGCGGUGAAAAAUGUUAUAACAAAAAAUAUUCCUCGUGAAACUGCAGGUUAAAUUUGUUCUAUUCGAUGAGCGAUUGCGAACAACACACGACUGAUAUUUUAGUACUUUAGGGGCUUUUUAUUUUGCAUCGAAGGGUCAGCCAUCUGGCUCGUGCGCGUGACGUCAAUGCCAGCCCCGCCUCUCUACUUUGGCCUCCACGGAAAGCUCUGCAGUCCACGGACUGAACCACGUUUGAGAGCGAAAAAAAAAAGAAUGAAUCAAAUAAAGCGUGUUUAACUCUUGGAACUUGUGUUUAUUGAACGAAAUUGUUAUUAUUAUAUGUAUUGGUAAUGAUUUGCGAGUUGUUUUGGUCCACGUUUUGCUCUUAAACAUCGGGUGACAUUGAUAGCGACUCGCUGAACUCCCCUCCGCUCAUUCGCCCAAGUGGUACGGCCCGCUAUAGUUGCCAUGUUGGAUGGCCGCAUCACUGCUGCACUUUUAACGAUGAAACUCUCGCCUUUCCUCAUCUAAAGAAACGAACCAGAGCCGAUUGUGUAUCUUAUUCGAUACCAAAGAAGGGAAUUCGGUCGUUUGGUGAAGGAAAGGUUGUCCGAGAAGACACGCCCGGUCCUUGGCCGCCCUCCAAAGUCAACCAAGCCUGCCCGCAAAUCGGCGGCGAUGAUCCGGCUGAUGGAGGCCACGACGCCCGCAGCCCGCAUGGACGACGUCGUGUAAAUUUGCUGUUUUUUAAGGCCCCUUUUGCUGUUGUUUUUAUUUGUGGAACGGCGGGGGGGGGGGGGGGGGUCCUCGUUCUACUUGCGCGUCCUUUUUUUGCGGGGCCUCCACAUACAAGAGUGCCAUGAACAGCCACCCGCUGCCUCGCCGGGUCGCGAACGUGGGCUCCCUGCUGCUGACCCCGCAGGAGAACGACUGUCUGUUCGGCUACCUGGGCAGGAAAUGCGCGACUUUGUGUUCGGCGGUGGUUCAGGUCUACGCCGCCGACCGGGCGUGCGGCUGGCUGAAGAAAUGCUGCGGGGUGGCGUGCCUAGUCAAAGACAACCCGCAGCGCUCCUACUUCAUCCGCGUCUUUGACAUCAAGGAGGGCAAAACCAUGUUUGAGCAGGAGCUGUACCACAACUUCUCCAUCAGCUGCGCCAGGUCCUACUUCAUCGCCUUUGUGGGGGACACCAACCAGGUCGGGUUGAACUUUGCCAGCGAAGAAGAAGCCAAGCGCUUCCGCGUCUCCGUCAACGAGCUGCUGGCGCGAAGGCAACAACGCAAGAUCGAGAAAAACGGUGUGUCGAACAAUGGUCCCACGCUUCACAUCGCCACGGUGGACAUCAAGAACCCGGAGAUCAACACCGCGCGCCCGCUCAACUCCCUGGGCUCGCAGCACCACGUCAACAACGUGCCGAGUCACAGGAAGGACAAGAAGAGCAAAGUCAAGAAGAAGAAGCUGACCAAGGCCGACAUCGGCACGCCCAGCAACUUCCAGCACAUCGGUCACGUGGGCUGGGAUCCGAACACGGGUUUCGACCUGAACAAUUUGGACCCGGAGCUGAAGAACCUCUUUGACAUGUGCGGCAUCUCGGAGGCUCAGUUGAAGGACAGGGAAACCUCCAAGGUCAUCUACGACUUCAUCGAGAAGAAAGGGGGAGUGGAGGCGGUCAAGAACGAGCUCAGGAGGCAGGCGCCUCCUCCCCCCCCCUCUCGGGGUGGCCCUCCUCCUCCUCCCCCGCCCCCACACAGCAGCUCCACCCCACCUCCCCCUCCUCCGCCUUCCAGAGGAGGUCGCGGGGCUCCGCCCCCUCCCCCGCCGCCCGCGCCUCCGUCGCGCGCCCCCUCCUCGGCGCCUCCGCCCCCACCGCCGAGCAGGCCGGGAACUUUGGGCGCGCCGCCGCCCCCUCCUCCGACCAGGGGAGGCCCCCCCCACCAGCACUCUCAGCCCCCGCCUCCCUCGCACGCUUCCCUGCAAGCGCCCCCGCCGCCGCCUCCUCCCCCGCCCCCGCCGGCUCACCAGUCACCGGGUGGCCGAUGCACCUCCGCCGCCCCCGCCCUGCCCGCUCCCCCUCCGCCUCCCCCGCCGGGCCCCCCUCCCCCGCCGGAGCCGGACGGCGUACGGGACGCCGCGCCCCGUUCGCCGCUCCCUGUCGGGAAGUCGGCGCUCCUGGAGCAGAUUCGGGGGGGCGCCCAGCUGAAGAAGGUGGAGCAGAACCGCAGGGAGCCGCCCGGCGGCGUCAUCGGCGGCGGGGGCGGCGGCGGCCGGGACGCCCUGCUGGACCAGAUUCGACAGGGCAUCCAACUCAAGACGGUGUCGUCGGAUCAUCAGGAGCCCGGCCCCCCGACGUCGGCCCCCACCGCGGGCAUCGUGGGGGCCCUCAUGGAAGUCAUGCAGAAGCGGAGCAAAGCCAUCCACUCUUCAGACGACGAGGAUGACGACGACGAGGAAGAAGACUUUGAGGAGGAUGACGAGUGGGACGACUGAAAAGCAACCAAAAAAAAAAAAAAACUCCCCCCCCCCCCCCCCCUGAGUGGACUCCAACUGUACAAAUCUUGCGUGUAUUUAUUUGGACUCGUUUGCAUUUUAAUUUAUUGUCGUUCCUGCGCCAGUCGCCGCCUGCUGCUCCCAUUGCGACACUUUGGCGGCCAUCUUGGAAUAAACGCACUUCAUCCAUGCUGAAGACAUUUCAACUUUUUUUGUUUUUUGUUUUUUUUUUUGUGGUAUGCGUUGGUUUUUCUUCCACUGUUUUCCCGCCCGCAGAGUGUAACCCGUCUGAUUUUUCCUUUGCCGAGACCAAAAUGCGACUUUUUCAUGAAGAUGUGACCCAAGCGUUCAUUUGCACAAGCUUUGUUUGUUUUCCCCCGCAAAGUUCCCGUUCAAAAUCUCGCCGCCACCGACGGUCCGUUCAGAUUUUGCCGCGCCGAUCCUCCGCCCGUCCGGUCGGUCGCGCUCUUAUGCAACGCGAAUAACAGUGAACCAAAACGUAGAAAGCUGAAAGAUGUAACGAGUCUUUUGUUUUUGUUUUUUGUUUGUUUGUUUUUUGACGACGUUGGUCAGCCCAAAGCGUGUGCAGAGAGAUGCUAAAUUGUAUCCGGAAAUAAAUGUCGAUCCUUACAGUCGA